ACUUCCGCCCCUGGAGUGUUUGUUUAUCUCCUGUCCUACCCUCCACCUCGGUCCGCCCAGCUCUAGUUGUGCGCAGUCUCCUGGAUUUGUUUGCCGUCUCCAUGGCAACCCGGUAGCUAGCGUCUGAAAAUGGAGACCGCCGAGUCUACUGAGGAGUCGCGAUCUUUAGAUGCACAGCCCAGCUCCGAAGGACUUCAGAGCACUUCAGAACCUAUCCUUUCUUCGAGCGGCAGUCCUAGGUCUCCCCGCAGGUCCGGGGCCGUAACUGCCCCAGAUGUAUUAUGUGGGUCGGCUCGUAGGCCGUAUCCUGUGCUCACAGAGCACUCUUCCGACAGCCUUCUCGAGGCUACCUGCCCUGGAUCCCGUCAGAUAGGCCAUGGGAGGUUUGGCUAUCAGCCUCUGUAUGUUUCUUAUGUACCUCGGAAACCCUGUGCCACAGACCACAGUUCAACCCCUGCGCCUACCUCUUCUUAUCCUUGCUGUAGCUCUGAUCACAGCUCUGGUCCUUGCUCGGGCUCGGGCUCCGGUCCUACAUCUGGACCUGCUCCUGCCCCCGAACCCGCUCCUGCUCCUGCCCCUGAGCCUGCUCCUGCCCCUAAGCCUGCUGACUCUGAACCUAAGGUCAGCGCCAGCAUUCCUCAAUGGUUCAGAAGCAUCCCACCAGAUCUGCUCCCUUGGAGUCAGUACUGCUACUAUGAGCCAUACCAACAACCCUGGGAACCUCUGCAAGUCGGAGAACCUGGAGUCCGAGGGCCAUGGAAACCCCCAGGGGUUGAAAGGAAACCUGAGCUCUGUAAAAUACUGCCGCGUGGCCAGUGUCUCCUUUACAACUGGGAGGAAGAGAGAGCCACCAACCACUUGGAUCAAAUCCCAAGACUGCAGGAUGGUUCUGAAAGUUACUUCUUCCGACACGGACACCAGGGACUGCUGAGCACGCAAUUCCAGUCACCCAUGCCUUCUAGCACCAUCCAGAAAGACUCAUACAGGCCCCCAAGAUAUGUCUGUCAGCCACUUCGAGGGGAGCGGGAAGCUAGGCUGGAGAGGCUCCUGCACCACCAGAUCUGUAAAGAGGUCCAGGCAGAGCAAGAGCCUUCCAGGAUGCUCUUUGAAGCCAAGUCAGUGACACACGGUGACUACAGAGCAAAGCUGGUACAAACAGGGCCUCCAGCCCCCACAAAGCCUCAUGAUUACCGCCAGGAACAGCCUGAAACGUUCUGGCUACAGAGAGCACCACAGCUACAGGGUGUCAGUAACAUCAGGACCCUGGACACACCGUUCCGGAAGAACUGCAGCUUCUCAACACCAGUGCCCUUGUCUCUGGGGCAGCCUUUGCCUUAUGAACUUGAUAAUUUCCCCCACCAAACGGGGGCAAUGUCUUCCCUUGCCUGUCAGGGAGGAGGGCAGGGGUAUGGAGGGGCGAGGACACCUCCAGCCUAAGGGUUGAGGAGGGAGGCAGACAUGGGAUUUGGAAUCUAUUUCUGCUUAUACUGCAGGGGUAGGUGUGGGAGGAGUUAAUUCUCUGUGCUUGCUGAGGGGUUCACAUAAAGCAUUCUCCUCCUGAA